GCUUGAGACCUCUGAUCUUCUGACAUCUGUGACUAGCUGUCACUGAAGAACUAAACAUGACAGAACCUGAAGGCUGUGUAGAACACAGAAUUACAGAAUACUGCUCUUGAGCUCAUAUCCUAUGGUGUAUGUAUUUCCUCUGCAUAUGGAUGCUACUGCUACCAAGCACACAUCUUCUUUCAUAACACCAGGCGCUUGUUAACUCAUGAAGUGAGCAGUUUGGAAGUGGAAGAUACCAAAGUCACAGAGAAUUUCUAGAUAAUGGAAUAGCAUAUCUACUCAACUUUGAAAAGUUCUGGAAAUAAAUAUCACAAAGCAAUCCAACACGUUUUCAUCCAGGAUUAUAAUCCAAGACUGAAUUUCCAAGGCCUGGACAUCUUCUCUGAUUUUCAUUCUGUGUUCUUGUGCAAAAGAUGUUAAAAAACACAGAGAACUCAACUAUCUCUCACUCAGCUCUUCUAGGUGUGUUCCUGGGAAGCGUUUCGCUGAUCACUAUUGUCAUGAAUAUAUUAGUGCUAUGUGCUGUGAAAACUGAAAAGAAGCUGCAAACAGUUGGCAAUUUAUACAUUGUCAGUCUCUCUAUUGCAGAUCUUAUAGUGGGUGCAGCUGUUAUGCCCCUGAAUAUUGUUUAUCUCCUAAAUCGUGUGUGGACUCUAGGCUUACCAGUCUGUUUGUUCUGGCUGUCAAUGGAUUAUGUGGCCAGUACUGCAUCCAUUUUCAAUCUCUUCAUAUUGUGCAUUGACCGUUAUCGUUCAGUUCAGCAACCACUGAAAUAUCUCAAGUAUAGAACAAAAAUGAGAGCAUUGCUAAUGAUUUUGGGGGUUUGGUUACUCUCUUUCACGUGGGUCAUUCCAAUCCUAGGAUGGCAUGUUUUUGCUAAUAAUGGAGAAAGGGAAGUAAAGGAAAACAAAUGUGAAACUGAAUUCUCUGAAGUCACGUGGUUUAAAGUGUUAACAGCCAUUGUCAAUUUCUAUCUACCCUCUGUCAUGAUGCUAUGGUUCUACUACAAAAUAUUCAGAGCUGUUCGAAAACACUGUCAACACCGAGAGCUCAACAAUGGAUCAUAUCGGUCUUUCUCAGAAAAAUCCCCCAUAAAUUGUAGUAAGAUGAAGGAAAAGCAAAAUAUUUGCCUCCAAAAGCAAAUUAUAGAUGAGGACACCCUUCCCAAGGACAAGGAAAUCUCCCCUCAGCCCAAAAAUAUGGAGGCAAAGCUUCAGUACAGUAAUCCUGACAAGUCUUCAAAGGCAUUCGUUAGCAAGAAUAAUAGGAAAGUCCUUAAAUGGAGCUGUUUUCCUCACACCACUGCCCAGUCUGAGCCAGGCCUGGAUAAAGGAGGAAAGAAGUGUGCAUGUGUGACAGAAGAGAAUGAAAAUGAAGAGGAGCUUUGCUCACAAGACAGUGACUUAAGUGAUGCAUCAGACAACCAUACUUUCACAGAGGAGAUACCCUGUAAAGAGCACUCCAGUCCUGAGCCUGAAAGAGCCAGCAGUCCUCAGGAAAAGACUGAGAACAGGGAUUUCAGAGGACUGACUUACCUGAGGAAAACCUGGCAAAGUCUGCAUACCCAUUCCAAAAGGCACAUUCAAGGACUGCAUGGGAACAGGGAAAGGAAAGCAGCGAAGCAGUUAGGGGUCAUAAUGGGAGCCUUUAUGGUGUGCUGGAUUCCCUAUUUUGUAUUAUUUAUGGUCAUAGCUUUCCAUGGCCAUGAACAAUUUUCAAAAUUACACAUGUUCACUAUAUGGCUUGGCUAUGUGAACUCCACCUUAAAUCCAUUUCUGUAUCCUCUUUGUAACCAGAAUUUCAAGAAGACAUUCAAAAAGAUUCUUCACAUUCACUGAUAAUGGUCUGAUUUUUUGGGGCUAAAAAGCAGCUCAAGAGUUCAACCAAACAAAAUGUUCCAGUUUCAAAGACAAACACCAUAGGUAAAGUAGAAGACUUUGGAAAACUGUAAUUUAUAAACAAGUGUUAGUAAAGGUGGGAGACAUGCAUUUAACAGCUUUAACACAUUUGAAGAAGAAAUAAUUCAGGAAUCUGAAAAACUCAGGGGCAAUCUCAGAACUGUUACACUCUUGUACACAUUUUACAAUUUGAGAUUACAUCUUUCAUCAUGUAGAACAAAAACUGGAGACAUAAAUGUAGAUCUUCAGUGAUUAUAAAUUACAGAAACAAAAAAAGAAAGAAAUAGAAUAACAUUUCUGUGAUUGGCCUAAUAUAUUUUUCUCUUUCAAUUUACUCCAUUAAACAUGAAACACACUGCUUGUGAAGUAAGAUCUGCAAGUGAAGGUACUUUGCAUAGUCAAAGAAAGAAGCUUCAACUGUUUAAAAAUAUCUACCCUAUUUAUUUAUAGCUUCCCCUAAAUCAUCAACUUUUUUGAAAUGUCAAUUCAUAUUGUAACUUAACGUAUCUCUUUGAUAUCAUGCUUGCUUCAUUUAUACCUGUACAUAUUCACUUCACUGAAAAAAAACAGUAUUUUUAUGUCCUAGAAAUUUUGCUAAGACUUUCCAUACGUAACAUACUAUCUCUACUUAUUCAGGAAGGGUAUGCUGUUGUUUCUAGACUUAGAGAAUAUACUUGAUUAUAGACUACACAUAUUUUCUUCAUCCUACAAGUUGACAAAUAACCUAAGCAUGCAGUGGUAGUACUCAUCCAUAUAUCCUUACCUUGUUGUAGGCAAACUCUUCCUACUAUAAUGAGGCAAACUCAGGAGCAACAAUUCAAGUUUGCAAAACCAAAAAUAAAAUACAUGAUGUAUGUUUUUCUAUCAUUUAUAUUUAAUUGCAUUUUAUUAAU